CCAGGCGUUCAUUCCAGACCCAUUUAAGCAGACACACUGUUGCGGCAACUGUAGCUGAGACACGGGGUUGCGUUUCCCUUUCAAUACAGGGCAUAGGCAGACACUUACCAGACCUGAUUGCAAUUAUAUUUUCCUGUUUGGACUUCCUGUGUUUUUCUGAAGUGCAAAUGACACACGAAUCGAUUACGGCAUCAUCAACUGGAAAGUAUAACGAGCAUUUUAUCCACACGCUCUGGUAAUGCUAAUGAGAGACUCCAGAUUCCCGUUUAAGGAAACCAAAAGUCCUGGUUGAAGUCAACUGACCCUUCCGAGCGGAUUAUCUACAAGAAAGUAUUCUGCAAAAGUGCGCCAUGAGUUGGUGAUCGCGAGAAUAAAAUGCAUUUUUUAAGGAGCGCUCUUAACGCGUUUCUAAUUAAGGACAUGCCGGGGUAAUCCACAUGGGACAAGUCCUUACGUCUGCAACAGGGAAUAAAAAGUCAGGGAACUCAUGCUGGAUGAGACAAACUCCAUCAAGAGACGCAGCUGAGAAAAAAGUUCCUCACGGACAUUAUUUUCCACCCACUCUGAAGUCGGUACAAUUAACAGAUGACUGAAGUUUCAUCAUUAUACGCAUAUAAGAACCUGCUCCGCCGUCUGUCAUGGUGCACUCACUCUUGGAAGUAGCCUACCUGGGGAACGGCGACGCCAACAGAAUCAGUUUAGUUUGAACCGCAUUAACUUUUGUAAUCCUCGAACAAGCAGGGAGGCAAGCGUGACACAUAUACGCAAAGGGAAACAACAGGACUAUAAGAGAAGACGCGGGACGGAGGGGUCUCUCGCCUGGCUCACUCCGCAGUAGCGAUGAGCGCCUUGCGCACACCUGUCUUGAUUGGACUCCUACUGUUGGUGUUUACCGCCGGAUACUGCAAGCAGAGCAGCGUUCCCACAGGCGUCCGGGACGGCCGGAGCCUCCUGGAGCUCAUCAUGGACAAAGUUCGAGUGGCACGGGAGCAUCAAGCGGAGGAUAGCGAGGCCAACGUGCAACAUGCGUCCAGGAGACAAGAGUAUUCCAUCGAGACGAAGGAAUUGAAUGAAGUUAACAAAUCACAAAUUUUAGAAGUUUUUCCAAGAGAUCUUAGUACGAAGGAUAGAUUGUUGAAACAUUUAACAGGGCCCCUUUACUUCAGCCCAAAGUGUAGCAAACUCUUUUAUAGACUAUACCACAAUACCAGAGACUGCACAAUACCUGCCUAUUAUAAGAGAUGUGCCCGGCUGCUCAUCAGGUUAGCUGGCAGUCAGAAAUGUGCGGAAGGAUAGCUGCUACUGCAUCAACAGAUUUCAACAUGGGAGAGGAUGCAAGAGAGCCGAGAAGAAAAGAAAACAGUGCCUUGGAGAAAAAAACAAACAAAACAAAACAGGGAAAUCAGACGGACUCAACAGAAUCAUAUUUGUCUUUGUGAAGAAGUUUUUUUUUUCUUUUUGCAACCAAGUGGAUUAAUCUCCAUAGACUUUCUCGAUAUGCUGCAAUUGUCGAUGUUGUCCACUGACAAGUCAUGAUCUCCCCAGAGUGGUCUCUCAGUUUAUUCAAAAUGGUGCAAAUGAAGACAUGUCUAACAGGCAGAGAAAACAAAAAGAAAAGAAAAGAGGAGAACAGCUCAAUUUAACGCCCUGCUGCCAAAAACGAUGAGUUUCCUGUGUGCUGCUAAGACUGGUAGGCCUCUUGCCCCCCUUUCCUGUCUCGUGUGUGCUCUCCGUGCGGACGUCUCUCCCUUCUCUCCUAAAGAAGGCUUCACAAUCCAUAUUCCCAACCACAUUCCUCAAUGCCAGAAGUAAAUCCUUUGAUCGAAUUAUGAAUUGCACGAUUAUCUCUUGCCUCUCUGUCUCUCUCUCUCACUCAUUCUCUCCUUUUGGACGUUUGGAAGACAUUUUUCAACAGAGUUGAACUUAUGAUAAGCUGGUUUCAGUUUAUGUUAUUGAGAGAGAAAUCUGCAUUGUCCUGAAUAUGAAUGUUAUAUAUAAUAAUAUAUAUUUAUAUAUUCAAGCUAUUGUCUACUGUUUCUGCACAUUAAAUAUAUGAAAUCCUUGC